AUGUCGUGCGUUAUUGACAUGGCGAUGCAGUACUGCGAUGUCGAGGGCGUCAAAGAGUCAGAUCCAUGGUGCAGCACACUAGAGUCCUGUAUUGCCACGGAGUUCGUGGGAGACGAGUGCUGGCCCUCCAGCUGCCCUUUCCAGGAAGGGGGGUGCCAGAUUACAAGCUUCUGCCUCACACCAGAGAUGUUCGACGCGAACGAAAGAGUGCUCGUGGAAGUAGCGCCCGGAGCGAACCCGAGCGGACAGACCACGACUGCUCAACAGGCCUACAUGCAGCUCACCGAUGAACAUGACACAGCAGCAACAGCGGAGGAGGCGGGCGAAGGGGGGGGGGCGGGCUGGGCAGAGGCCGGUGCAGAAACGGGGACGGCAGCCGCGGCCGCCGAGCAGGCGGCGGCGGCGGCGGCGGCGGCUGCUGCUGCCGAGGGGGCAGAAGCAGCAGCCCCAGGCCUGCCGCCCUUCUUCGGGAGGCCCGCCGGUUCUCAGGGGGGUGGUGGCGGGGGGGUGGACAGGAAGUCGGACGAGAGAGGGGGAGAAGCUGUGGCGGUGUAGAGUUGGGCGACAAGGGGAUGGCCGCCGGCUGGGCGGCUUUUUCGAACCGACCGUCCCCGCUACGGUUGAGCGAACAAUCAUUAUCCGCAACCCCAAUGUUGGACAGGAGUGGAUCUCCUGGACCUUGUUAUUUGGGCGGCGUUGAUGCAGUCCGUCUGUCUUGCGAGGGGGUAGCUGCAGGGUUCUCGCACCGUGGAGAAAUUCUGACUGGAGUGGGCCCCCACCACUAAGCUUGUGUUCCUGCGAGUCACAAAUCACACCCAAUAGCCUAACGUGAACGAUAAAGUUAUUGCCCUGUUGGGGGCCGUGGAUUUGGCGGAGUUCCGUGUUGUUCUCACGCGUAGAUAGGGUACAAGUGCUGUUACAAGAAGGAUGGGUCACGACUUUUGGCUCUUGCGCACUCUCAGAGGUACCAUCUAUACAGUCACAAGGCAUCCCGGUACUCUGCUAUGGUAACAGAUGGUAUGUCUCGAGUUGCGCCCCAUUUUUCAAGGCGCAGGAGCUCUACGAUAUCGUAGUAGAGUAGUACGAUGAUGCUCUCGUGCGUGGCGCCCCUGAAAUCACGUUUGUACCGGAAGGGUCGAGCGGUUCGUCGUUUUUGUCCGCUCGGCCCUCAGUCGCAAUAGUUGGAAAAUUUGUUUGUUCGUUGAGUGCGAGCGUGCCGUGAUUCAUGCCCAAUAGACCAAUCGGUGAGAGAGUUGAUGGGCUACCCGGAGAAGAAGCGCUCUCUGUCUCGCUCUUGGCUGAAGUUGGAAAGCGGCGAUGUUUUUAGGUGCUCGAAUGCUUGAGGCGGACUGCAGUUCUCUGCAAGGCAUGAAGCGCCGGUUUGAAGUUUUUUAUGUGUUUGUGGGGUGUAGAAGAUGAUGAUCAAGGUGACCUUUGUCCAUCCAGUGGCAAGGGCUCUAUGCUUGUUACGAGACUCAUGCUGACUUACAUGUUGUCGCGAGAGAGAACUGGUGUACUUGUGCGAUUGUCGAUUCCAGGCUCACGUCCGGACGUUUUUCGUGUGAGGCUUGAUAGCAGAUUGGCUCCAACCAAAACCAUUUGUCCUGCGGUUAAACU